CAGAAUAAAAAGAAUAAAUUUUUUUUAAGGAAGAUUUUUGAAGUUUCAGAAACAGUAAAGCUUGGUGUCAAAAGGAUCAUCAGACCCUCGCCAAUGAAAACCCUCCGGAACUAGUUUCACUCAAAUUGACUUAGUUUUAAUUUUCAAAUUUUAGCUCAGCGAAAUUUUUAAUUCUAUAUAAAAAUGAUCAAAUUCGCGUUAAUAUUUUACUGUUUUGUGAUUGGAUUCGAGCAGGGAGCUUCCAAAAAACAAAGAAUAAUGAACGGCACUGAAGCAACACGAGGGCAGUUCCCUUUCAUGAUCUCAAUUCAGUUGCCUUACGAAAGGAGGAAUAUAUGUGGCGGAGCUCUCAUCUCGGCAGGAUGGGUUAUGACAGCAGCUCACUGUACUCGCCACCUGUAUAUGCACAUAGUUCUGAUAGCUGGUCUCCUGGACAGUAUCGAUUUUGACGAAGGCUACCAGGUGCGAAGAGUCAAAUCGGCCCACUUCCCCGGAGAAUACCCAGCUCCAGGAAAUGAACACGACAUUUCCCUAGUUCAACCGACUGAAUUGUUCAGUGAAACUCAAUUCAUAAAAUUUUUGCCAUAUCAGCGAUGUAACAUUUCAUUAGGAGACCAUGUCACCAUUAUGGGGUGGGGGAUCUUCAACCAGUACGGCGAAGCACCAAAAAUUCUUCAGUGGGCAUCUGCUGAAGUGAAUGAAGUUGAAAUUUGCGGGGGAGACGAAAACGAAGUGUUGACAUCAGUAUUUACGUGCAUACGUGGAAAUAAAAAAUUGUCGAUGGCAAGACAGGGCGAUUCAGGGAGUCCGGGAAUUUAUAAUGGGAAAAUAUUUGGUGUAGUUUCGAUGGGAAUUCCCACGGAUAGCUAUGGAACUUACUACACCAAAACUUCAACAUAUCAUGAUUGGAUUCUGAGGACGAUCGGCAAGGGGAGUGUGCGGACAUUAAGAAAGGCUUCCAGAGGAUGCUCGCUAUUUGACUAUAGCAUUUGGUUUUACGUUUGCCUUGCUGCUCUGUUGAGAGUCCUUUAUUAGAAGACAACAUUUAUUUAUAAUUUUAAUUGUUAUUACUAUUUGAUAAUUAUUCAAUAUAUUGAUACCUUUUCUAAAUAAAAAUCCUAAAAUGUUUAC